UCUAUUGUCACUGUCAGUUGUCAAAGUCAGUAGUAUCUCCUGUGAUUUAAGUUCACUGUUUUCUUUUCUUUGUGUCAACUCUAGUGUUUACAGGGGUUAUAAAAAUGGCCAAGCGUACCAAAAAGGUCGGAAUCACUGGCAAAUAUGGCACUCGUUACGGUGCCUCACUUCGUAAAAUGGUCAAAAAGAUGGAAGUGACCCAGCACGCAAAAUACACUUGUUCAUUCUGUGGAAAGGAUGCAAUGAAGCGCUCCUGUGUCGGUAUCUGGUCAUGCAAACGGUGCAAGAGGACAGUUGCUGGGGGUGCUUGGGUAUUCUCUACAACAGCUGCAUCAUCUUGCCGCUCAGCUGUGAGAAGAUUACGUGAAGUCAAGUAAAUCUGACAUUAGAGUAAGAUAAUAAAUUUAAACAAAA